ACGGACCGGUCAUUCAAUGCGCACACAGUCGUUAUGUGCUCAACACAUUAUUAUAAUAUUAUAAUAGACCGAGCUCGCAACACAGUCCGUGUCUCGUAUGCUGCCACUGCCGUCCAAACGACCGGUGCUCGCUCGUUCUGACUCAGUCCGUGAAUUUCGGUUUGAUUUUCGUGUCGGUCGAGUUUUACGUUUCCGUUCGAUUCGUUUUUUCGAGUACGGUCCGACGCGACGUUCGUAUUUUCGUAUUUCACGUGUGCGAUUUAGUAUGUGCAUUUAAAUAUUAAUAUUAUACUACACACACACACACAUCCGCAUAAAUAAUACAUAACCUCGGUAAAAUAUAUCACACAGACUACUUCCACAAGUAACACUCGGUUGUCUAAUCCAACGCACGACGGUCAGCGGCGAUCUCCAGCAGACUACAACACAAAAUAUGGACGACACGGAAUCAUCGUGUCCGAAAUGCGUUUUCGACCGUUUGCCACCGGAAAUGAUCCGUUUCAUAUUCCGGAAGCAGUCCACGGACGACCUUCUGCAGGCGUCGGCGACCACCGACCGGUUGUACCGAGUGGCCCAGCAUCACAUGUACGUGUCGGAAGGCGCGCUGCUAGUGCGCGGUGGCCAGGACACGGCGGCCACGGUGACGCGGACGUACGACGUGCGGAACGUGACGUCGCUGUACCUGGUGGACGUGUUCGACUUUGACCGCGACGUGCCCCGACAGCUGAGACGGCGCGGCGACGACGCCGAACCCGACGAAGGCGGUGAACGGGGCGACGACGACGACGGCGGCGGCAGUGGAUGUAGCGACGACGAAUGCAGCGACGGCGAAUGUAACGGCGGCGACGAGUGCCGCCGGACGUCCGCAGCGUUGGAAGUGUUGCACGUGGGCUACGGUCGCGACGUGCAGUACGCCAACCUUCCGGCUGACGGUUUGCGCCGCCUGUUGUCCGGCGUCCGCGCCCGACGGGUGUGCUUCAGCAACGUGGUGAUGACGGCCGACGACGUGGCCGACGCGGUGACGGCCAUGCUCGAGGCCCGCGGCCACGUCGACGACUCGGACGAAAACAACGACUUGGACGAAGACGACAGCGACGGCGACGGCGACGACCGCGACGAGGACGAGGACGAGGUCGGCUCGGCGGGCGACGACCUCGACCGACGGCCGCCGGUGUUGAGGUGUUCGCACGAUCGAGCCGACGACCGUCGCGUGGUCGAACUCAUGGACGCCGUGGAGCGAACGUGCGCCGGUCUGCUGUCCGAGUUCAGGGUGACCGUCAGGCGGCCGGCGCCUCACGCGUACGCCGUCUACCCGGUGUCCCGGUGCGGGAGCGCGGCCGACUGGGACGACGCGACCAACGCCGCGGACGCCUCCGCCUCCGUGGCCGCAGAGACGCCCGAAGACUUGCUGGCGCUCACGGCGGCCGACUGUUCGGGACUGGGACCGGCCGCGUACAAGCGGUUGGUGCCCGCGUGCCGCCGGUUGCGCCGGUUGACGAUGAAGGCCGCCCGGCAAGCGGACGACGACGGGUUCGCCGCCGUGGCCGGGAUGCCGUCACUCCAACACUUGCACGUGGAAGGCAUGUCGAACGUCACUUCGGACGGUCUGCUCGGCGGUCUCUUGAACGCCACCGGAUUGCAGUCACUGGGCCUGGCCGACUGUCCGUACGUGACGGACGACGUGCUGCGCCGGAUCGGCGAAAUGAGACAGUUGCACAGUCUCCGGCUGGACCUGACCGACUGCGACAAGACGACGGCCGACGGCGUGACGGAUAUGCUUUCCGGAUGCGAGCGGCUCCGCGAACUGGACCUGACGCUGCCGCUGAACGCCGGUUACGUGGCCGCGGCCGCGUCCGCCAGCCGCCUGGAACAGCUCCGCACGUUCCGGUUGACGUUCGAGCUGCUGUCGUUCCAAGACCACCUAGACGAUCAGCCGGCCGACGACGAUUGGCAACAGUCGCUGGUCGACGGUUUCCCCGACCGCGUCGAGUUCACCGUCCGGAAGACGUUCACCAGGAUCACGGUUACGGUCGACUGAUCGACCACGAUACCACCACCGCGGUGACUGCGACCGAAUAUCACCGCCGCCUUGCCACUUAUAAUAUUAUGGUGGCCGAUGUCGACGCGAGUACACACUCGAAGUCCGACGGCACACUCGUAUCGGUGAACGAAAACGAUUACUGAGAUAUUAUUUUAGUACCCUAACCCCCAGACAACUCUCCGAGCAGGGACGCUAUUUGUGGGUGAAGGUGGCCGGUGCUCUCUGACGCGUCUGUUUUUCCGCUUCGUAGGGGGCCCGCCGUAAAAAUAUUUGCAUACACUCCGAUGACCGUUGCAUAAAAGUAAAAAAAAAAACUCAUAAUAAUGUCAACAACAGAAAAUUAUUUAUACCUAUUUAAUAUACAUAUAAUUGACGUAUGUUAUUUGUAUGCACGACAAAAACCAUUUCCGAUUUGCAACUUUCCGUUUUUUUUUUUUCAUAUAUAAUCGCCUUCAAUAAUGUUAUAUAACUCUUCAACUCAAUUACCGUACAUACAUAAAAUACAUAUUGUGUACUAAUAAUAUAUAUUAUCCGUACAUACAUAAAAUACAUAUUGUGUAUUAAUAAUAUUAUCCGUACUUACCAUGAAGGAGAACUGAGAAGUGAUCUAACGACGAAAAAAAAAACUGGCAAGCUUACACGUUGGCACGUUUAAAAAAAGGCAAAUGGCGUCACUGACUGAGAACCUUUAGAACUACUAGCUUAUUAGGAGGUCUGUUUUUGACUUGUUAGGGUGAGAGUAAACUCUCAUCCUUUUAUGCACUCGUUACCUCUGUCGUCGUACGACAAGAUAUGUCAUUGAGUUUGGUCGACAUCGAUAUCGAUUCUUAUGCACGUCUGAUUUCGAUUUAUUGCCGAGUGUGCGUUCACCGAUUUUCGCGAGAUUCGAAUGCUGUCACACACACUGAAGUGCAUCGUACGGACUUACAUUUAAUGUAACCCAUAAAAAAUGCACAAUCAUUAAUAAUCAUAAUAAUAUAGUUAUAUCGUUAUCGUUAUCGUAUAUCCAUAUUACUUUAUUAUAUUAUUCAUACUCACUCCUACAUAACUUAUAUUAUUUAUCUUACUUUAUAAUACCUACUAUUGUCUUGUUAUUAUUAUUUAUACUAUUUAUAAAAUACCGAAACUAGUCAAAAAUCAAAAAUAGUUGUUAUCGAUAAUAAUAAUUAUGUUUUGUUGAUCUUAACGUUAUACGUACAUAUAUAUAUUUUUUUAUUCUACAUAUUGUAAAUAUUAUAGUCAUUAUGAAUGGUUUUUUAUUUGUAUUGAAAUAUAUUUUGAUUCCUGUAAAA